ACGAAAAUCGUCGGGUACCGGGUCAGCUCCGACGCGGAGCCAGGAGAGACACGGGGAGGGACGGGCCGCGGCGGGCGGCGGGCGCCCCCGCGAGCAUAGAACGCUCCCUCGCCGCCGGAAGUGCUUGCGGCGUGCGGCGUCCCAGCCGGAAGUGUGGCAAAUUCCCAGCAGGACCCGGAAGUGUGGAGCAGGGAUGUGCAGAUGGAGGCCGGAGGAGACACUGCUGUCCCGGGCCCCGGGGGCGCCGGGGACGUGGAGGACACGCGGGGCCCCAGUGAGGAGACCGGGAACGCUGCCGGGGAUCACCCGGGCCCACCCGAUCCUGGAGACCCGGCCCCGGGGGAGCCAGAUGACUUGCCUUUCAGAGUCCGAGGCCAAGGAUGAGCUGUCCAACCUCCUGUCGCCACUGCCCAUGUCGGAGGCCCCGGCAGACACCUUUGAGCCAGAAAGGACUGCGGCCUCCGACAGGGUUCCCAUUCACGGCCCUGACAUCGGCUCUGGAGGCCAGGGCGGGGACCCCAGUGACGAGGACUGGCGCUGCCAACGGAAGCACGUGUUUGUACUGAGCGAGGCUGGCAAGCCGAUCUACUCACGCUACGGCAGCGUGGAGGCCUUGUCAGCCACCAUGGGGGUGAUGACAGCCCUGGUGUCCUUUGUGCAGAGCGCCGGAGAUGCCAUCCGUGCCAUCUAUGCCGAGGACCACAAGUUGGUGUUCCUACAGCAGGGCCCACUGCUGCUGGUGGCCGUGUCUCGGACUUCACAGUCAGCAGCACAGCUGCGGGGGGAGCUGCUGGCUGUGCACGCACAGAUUGUGAGCACAUUGACACGAGCAAGUGUGGCUCGCAUCUUCGCGCACAAGCAGAACUACGAUCUCCGCCGCCUGCUGGCAGGCUCAGAGCGCACCCUGGACCGGCUUCUGGACAGCGUAGAGCGAGAUCCAGGCGCCCUGCUCCUGGGUGCUGUGCGCUGUGUGCCCCUGGCCCGGCCGCUGCGGGAAGCACUGGGCACACUGCUGCGGCGUUGCACAACACCGGGCCUGGCCCUGUCAGUGUUGGCAGUUGGUGGCCAGCUGAUAACAGCAGCUCAGGAGCGCAAUGUGCUGGCCGAGUGCCGGCUGGACCCCGCGGACCUUCAGUUGCUGCUUGACUGGGUGGGUGCCCCAGCCUUUGCUGCUGGUGAGGCCUGGGCACCAGUGUGCCUGCCCCGCUUCAACCCCGAUGGUUUCUUCUAUGCCUAUGUGGCACGCCUGGAUUCUAUGCCAGUCUGCCUGCUUCUGCUUGGCACCCAGCGGGAAGCCUUCCACGCCAUGGCUGCCUGCCGGCGAAUGGUGGAAGACGGGAUGCGUGCCCUCGGGGCCCUGCGAGCCCUUGGAGAGGCUGCCAGCAACCCCAGCACCCACUGGUUAGGUGCCCCGGCCUACAGCGUGCAGGCUGUGGGGGCGCCUGGCCUCCGGCACUUCCUCUACAAGCCACUGGACAUCCCUGACCACCACCGCCAGCUGCCUCAGUUUACCAGCCCUGAGCUGGAGGCUCCCUACAGCAAAGAGGAGGAGCGGCAGCGGCUGUCUGACCUGUACCACCGGCUACACGCCCGCCUCCACAGCUCCUCCCGACCCCUGCGCCUCAUUUACCACGUGGCCCAGAACGAGACACUGCUGGCCUGGGUGACUUCCAAAUUCGAGCUUUAUACAUGCCUCAGCCCCUUGGUGACCAAGGCAGGUGCCAUCUUGGUUGUGACUAAACUGCUGCGCUGGGUGAGGAAAGAGGAAGACAGGCUCUUCAUUCGUUACCCACCCAAAUACUCCACACCUCCAGCCCCGUCUGCAGACCAAGCUCCCCACAAUGGCUUCUUCACGGGACUCUAAAUGAUGGAGCUCCCAGACUGUUGGGAGCGACCAUUUUUGUCUGUUACCUUCUGUCUCCGCCCUGGAAAUGUGGAUGGGGAUCCAUCUGUGACUAGUCCCUAUCUCCAUGGACAGUUGGGGACAAACCUGAGGAUGUCCCCACACUUGGGAGAUGGGCAGCAGCAGCCAGGGGCACAGGCUGCCUGCCUUCUCCCACCCUUCAUGUAUCUGCACCUCUGGGAAAGCCUUCAGUCCUUUUCCCCUCCCUCUUCUGGACAUGCUGGACUUGGAUGUUACUCUAGCCUGCCAAGGGCUUCCCCUCCAUCAUGCUUCAGAAGUCUGGGACUCCGAGGGUGAUCCACAGAGGUUCUAGAAGGGGGAGAACAGAGGCCUGAGAGUAUUUUAAAGAGAAAAUGACACAAAAGGCCUAAACUCCAAGCCCCACCAAGUUAUUCCUUGCCCUCCCUGUAUUUCAGUUCAUUUUUUACCCUUCCACAAAAACUGGGCCCCAUCAUCUGGAGGAGGAGGCUGGCUGUCCACUAGGACACAGAGCACAUGGCUUCUCCCUACAGUGGCUGAGAUCUGGACUCUACAAAGUAGAGAGGUGUACGUAGCUUGUAAAGCCCUUCUUCCCCGUGAAACCGAAGUGACUUUUUCUUCUAGGCUCCUUAAAGAAGAUUUAUAAACAGAAAGGGUUGAAACUCUCAAGUACCACAUGGUUCAUUCACAUUGUCCCCAACUUAGCCUACAACAAAAUAAGCAGUCUAAAGAGGGUGAGGCCUCCCUAGACUGGUGUGUGUGUGCGCCUGACUCUCACCCCCCCGCCGCUCCAUACCCUACCACUGCCCUUGUUCAUAUGGUCAAUGGCGCGUGCGCGUACGCGCGUGUAAGGUCAGCCAGGGCGUGGGAUGUUCUGCGCCUGCUCAGAGCAGAGCAUCCGGUUUCCUGGACGCUGGUAUUUCUGGACUACGUGAGCCUAGCACGCAUGCGCGCUGCCUCCCACCGUCACGUGCCCCACCAGCGCUCCUGCGCAAACCCCCUGCUGGAAAACGGCGGGGAAGCCGGAGCCUUCGGAGGGAAAGUGGCGGGAAUCCCCGGAGGAGGCGUCCACGGAGGAGGCGGCGGCCGCAGGUACCGGGGGACAGUGGGCUGCGCCCCUCUCCCGGCAGAGGGGAGGGAGGGCGUUGUUGUUUCUUUAAAUAAGUUUCUAAGCGUUUUAAUAUCAACACUUUUAACCGUUCCACGAGGUGGAAAUAAAUGAGAAGCACCUUGUGAUGUGGCCCGGACGGACUCGAGGGGGGGCUCCCGGGACCCACGGCCUACGCCGGUCCCCCCGCGUGCCUCGCUUUCAGCCGGGGAGGAUGGGGUGCGCGCGCGUGUGCAUACACACACGGGGUGCGCGCGCGCACACACACACACACACACACCCCGUGGUCCAGCCCCCAGCCUGGACCCCGCUUCACUCAGCAUCUCCGUGGAGAAUGGCCUUGCCUC